AUGUAUAAGACCACGAGCAAGGAGUUGGAACACCAGAAGAUUAGGAUGUUCAAAGCCUACCUCCUUCUACUCGGCUCUCUUCUCUCGGUGACUGUAGCCAGUCCUGUCGAAUCCAGAUCCCUACCAUCAGGAUCGGUUACCUGCGGUUCGAAUGUCUACACAGUCUCUCAAGUCGUGUCGGCGGUUUCGAACGGUGUCAGCCAUUUGAACAGCCCGAUAGGAAGCGAUAGCUACCCACACAUAUUCGAAAAUCGGGAGGGUCUCCCGAUGUUUUGUACGGGAAAGACCGUAUUCGAAGAAUACCCCAUCCUAAAGUCUGGCGCAUACAACGGUGGAAGCCCAGGGGCUGAUCGUGUUGUCUUCUCGAGCGACGGGGUCUACUGCGCUGUCAUCACUCACACCGGUGCUGGUGGUAACAACUUUUUGGCGUGCAAGGGCGAUUAA